GAACAGGCCAGCAGGCAACCUGCCAUGGGGUCCUGCUCCAAGAACCGGUCCUUCUUCUGGAUGACUGGGCUCCUGGUAUUCAUCAGCCUCCUCCUCAGUGUCUGCAGAACUGCAGCCAACACUUCUGGAGCACAUGGCUCUGCAGGGAAGGAUUCUGGAGCCCCCAUUCAUCUGAAGGGCAUCCGAGGAGGUUCUGUCUUGUUUAAUGCGCUCGAGAAGCUCAGAGUAGAUGUAGGCACCGAGUUGGAGGAGGUUCUAUGGGCUUUGGGCACUCUGACAAAUCAUACACAGUUGCUGCGAGUCCGCAGGGGGGCCGACUCUCCAACCUGGUUGAAACUCCAGGACAAGUUCAAGCAGAGGGUCCAUGUACCCAGCAUGUCAUCCCUGAGGAUUGAGAACCUGGCCCCUGAGGACAGUGGGCAGUACUUUGCCAACAUCACCUCUACUAAGGGAAAGGGGAUUUUCCAGGUUUUCUACCUCACUGUCUAUGAGCCUGUGCCUCACCCUGAGUUCCUGGCAAAGUCACUGUCUAUCACACCAGACCUGUGUAACGUCACCCUGGAGUGUAGGGCUCCAGGGGCCACAGAAGACCUGAAUGUGACUUGGGAGAGCAAGGGCCUCCUCACAGAGCUGGAGCAGAGAGAAACACCAGGACCAGCCCCCAACCCCUGGACACUGGCUGUGAACCUGCCCCUGUGCCAGUGCAACACCCACCUCACCUGUGUGGUCAGCAACCAGGUGGAUCAGAAAGCUGCAAUCUUAGACCUUAGGAAAGUCUGUGUCCAAGAAACAGGUUCACACAACAUGGUUAGACUGCUCCCAGGCAUCCUAGGGGCUGUUGUGGGUAUGCUGUUGGUCCUGGGAACUGGGCUGUAUCUUUUGAAGACAUGUGGGAAGAAGAAGAAGAAGAUGAUGAAUAUAGGAAGAGGCAAAGAAUUGCAGGAGAACCAUGGGGUCGAUGAUGGUGUCAACCAAUAUGAAGAUCUCAGGCAGCAAGUGUUUCCGAAGGGCAAGGACAAGGGCAUCGGUGAACAAUAUCUGGAAAAAAGGGAGUCUCUCACUCCUAUCUACAGUGAGGUUCAUUAUCAUUGUCCAGGCCAGGCCAUUAAGAUCAUUCGAUUGGAGGAAGCAACAGGAUCUGGCACUCCCAGGACACCUGUACUCUGAGCCUGAAGCCUGCAGAUCCCCGCCUUUCCCAGUGCUGGUUCAGUUUCCACUGCCCCUAGUCUGUGUUACUCUGAUCUCAUAGCUACAGUUCUACAGUGUACCCAUGGCCUGUUUGCAUUCUGCGACACCUCCCAAAGACGCACUUACACUUGGGCAAAGAUUCUUCCCUUGUCAUUGACAUUGCUCCUGACUCCUCUCUUUCAGAAGCCUUCCCAAGGGGACCCUGUCUGAUUGCACAGGUGGCAAAUCCCCACCACCUCUGCCAUGUCACUGGUGUGUGUAAUUCUGAGGACACAAGCCCAGACAUGGGAACUGUGCAGAGGUGUUGACUGUGCUGCAGAGGAGGGACAUAGACCUGGCUUCUGGAUGCUGAGUUGGAGGAUAUCGUGGGUGGGUAGAAGCCCACAAAGGAACACGCCGGGGCUUCCUUUGCAGAUUUUGUGUAGGGCUCCCUUGCGGGUAUCAGGCAGUGCAUGUGUGCAUGCAGGUUGGUGGUGGAGGGGGGUGUCUAGUGCACAUUAUACAACUGAACCAAAGCCACCUUUCUUUUCUUCUGUGCUAAUCUGAACUUAAUCUUCAGCCUCAGCCUGUGGAUCCAAACUCAACUUCCUGUAGAAUGGAAAGAGAAAUUUUUAUCAUCUCGAAACCUUCCUAGCCUCAGUGUCUCAGAGAAUGACCCUAAGAGGCCACAGUUGGAGGCUGUCUUAGGAACACAGCCUCAGCUCUUUCCUUGGCCUAGUAUAAGGCACUUGGCUGUAAGAACAGAAGUGUGAUAUCCUUCCACACCCACUUGAUGAGGGCUACUUGGGCUCUGAUGGGUGAAGCUGUUGAGAAGGUCUGACUCAGCCCUCUCCAACCUCUUCUUAUUCUGACCCUUAAUACCCCAGUAGCCAUGCUGGCCCCAAACCCUAGGUCAUCCACUUCUUUGCUCACUUGCAUCCCUCUGCCUGACAUGAAAGUUCCUUCUCCCUGUUCCUCACCCUCACUCCCGCCUGUUGAAAUACUACUGUGCUGCUCAAAGCUCUUCCCAAGAUGCUUGUUCCAUGGAGCUCUCUGGAUCUUAAAGGUUUAGACAUGAUCUCUCCCACAACUGACUUUUCUGAACACCUUGGACACUAUGUACGGUCCCUGCCACAGUUUGUCCUGGGAUGGUCAUGAGUCCUCCUGCAGGACUAACCUGGGCUCUCUCAGGAGGAUGUGGGGCUGUGGGGGAAUAGGGCUGAGGAGACAAGUACUUAUUGGUGCAAAUGGUCUUGGCCACCUUGUUCCCAACCCAUGGGGUCAGCAGAGGGAGAUGCAGCACAGGGGCUACUGACAAACUCUCUGGUGUGGCUCUACCUGGAAACAGGGGUGGACACAAUGACCUCCCUUGACUAUGCGUGGCCUAAGGUCCUAAUUGGAGACUUCCUUACUCCCUCAUCCACCUCUUAUUGUGAACCUGGCCAUUCUUCCAUCAUGAUAUGUGGGUGUUUCUUUCCUCCUGAGGGGUCCUCAGCUUCUUGCAGCCUCUGCCUCUUAUUUGAGUCCCAGAUUUUAUGCAGAGAUGAGCUAACUCUAGUACCAUGAGCUGCUGUGGCAUGUCUGGUGGCCUAGAUCCUUGGGCCUCUUAGUUUCCCUCAUGGCUCAGGUAAGCUCAUUUCCUCAUUGCCACCCACAGAAAACAAAGAUGUGAACAGAGUCCCUGCUAAGAGAUGGAGCACUAGAAAAUAGUGCUAGGUGCCUGCUGGAUGGUGGGUGGGUGAGGCAAGAGGGAGAGGAUCCAUAGCAGGGCUUCAUUUCUGCCGUCUUCCCCUUUAGGCUGAGCUGAAGGCCGAGGGUGUGCCAGUCUCUUCACUGGCUUCCCAGGUGACUGGACAUUACUGGGUAUCAGCGCACAUUAACCCUGGGGCAGCAUAAGAUGUGAUCACCCAACUGACCUUCCCACUGCACCAAAGGCAACAAAAAACCAAACCAAACAAACAAAAAAUAGGAACAAGCCUUUUGAGGCUGUUUUGAACCAGUUUUUG